AUGAAAAUGGAAAACCAAAGCAUCGUCUCAGAAUUCCUCCUCCUGGGCCUGCCCAUUGAACCAGAUCAACGAGACCUGUUCUACGCCCUGUUCCUGGCCAUGUAUCUUACCACCGUCCUGGGGAACCUCCUCAUCAUCCUGCUCAUUCACCUGGACUCCCACCUCCACACGCCCAUGUAUUUCUUCCUCAGCAAUUUGUCCUUCUCUGACCUCUGCUUCUCCUCUGUCACUAUGCCCGAGUUACUGCAGAACAUGCAGAGCCAAGUCCCGUCCAUCCCCUACGCAGGCUGUCUGACCCAAAUGUACUUCUUCCUGCUUUUUGCAGACCUAGAGAGCUUCCUCCUUGUGGCCAUGGCCUAUGACCGCUAUGUGGCCAUCUGCUUCCCCCUGCACUACACCACCAUCAUGAGUCCGAAGCUCUGCUUCUCCCUGGGGGCGCUGUCCUGGGUGCUGACCACUUUCAUCUCUUUGUUGCACACCCUGCUCACAGCUCGGCUGUCUUUCUGUGAUGAUAAUGUGAUUCCUCACUUUUUCUGUGACAUGUCAGCUCUGCUAAAAUUGGCCUGUUCUGACAUUCAGAUAAAUGAAAUGAUAAUAUUUAUCUUUGGAGGGCUUGUCAUUAUUGUUCCAUUCCUGCUGAUCUUUUUGUCAUAUGCAAGAAUUGUAUCCUCCAUCCUCAAGGUCCCUUCUGCAAGGGGCAUCCGCAAGGCCUUCUCCACCUGUGGCUCCCACCUCUCCGUGGUGUCAUUGUUCUAUGGGACAAUCAUUGGCCUCUACCUGUGCCCUUCAACUAACAAUUCUACUAUUAAGGAGAUGACUCUGGCUGUUAUGUACACUGUGGUGACGCCCAUGCUGAACCCCUUCAUCUACAGCCUGAGGAAUCAGGACAUAAGGGGAGCCUUGCGAAAAAUCUUUUUAAAGUGGACAAUUCAGUUUUUACUGGGACAGUGA